AUGCAGAGCCCACUAAUAAUAGACAAUGGUUCUUUGGAAAUAAAGUUUGGAUUGGCCUCCCAUUCGGCUCCUUUUCGUGCUCAGAAUUGUCUUGCACGCGAUAAAUAUGGUGGAUACCACCUUUCCAAUCAAAUGAAGCAUAUACGGGAUAUCUCCCAUUGUCAUAUCCUUAGGCCAUUUGAACUAGGGCAGUUGGUUUCAUGGGAGUUAGAGGAACAUAUUUGGGAUUACUGCCUUUUUAAUCCAGACGAGUUUAAAUGGGACUUAAAAGAUACAAAGGGUGUUGACUUGAUUGCCAGUGAGAACUGCAUGACUCUACCUGAGAUAUCGAAAAAUAUGGAUCAAGUAAUAUUUGAGGAAUACGAAUUUGGAUCACUAAUGAAGUGCCCGGUGGCACAAUAUAUUCCUUUUGCUAAUGAUGACGACUUCGAGGUGGUUGGUGGGGAAUAUGCUGAAGCUGAAAAGAUGGAGAAAAAGGAUUAUAAGGACUUUCAGCUUGUGAUUGACUCUGGGUUUAACUGUACUUGGAUAGUACCAGUUAUCAAGGGUGUGCCAUACUACAAAGCGGUAAAGAAGCUUGAUAUCGGAGGACGGUUUCUGAAUGGACUACUAAAAGAAACCAUCUCCUUUCGACAUUAUAACGUUAUGGAUGAAACAAUUCUAGUGAACAAUAUAAAAGAAAAGUGCUGUUUUAUGCCUCCAGUAUCUUACUUUGACAGUUUUGAAAAGAAGUCGGACACAAGAAUCGAAUAUGUACUGCCAGAUUUCCAAACCAGUCUAAUUGGUUACGUAAAUGAUCCUAAGAAAGCAAUUCCAGAGGACUCUCAAAAGCUAGUUCUUGAGGAUGAACUGUUUACUGUUCCGGAAACCUUCUUUCAUCCAGAAAUCUGCAAUAUCUUGAAGCCGGGUAUUGUAGAAACAAUAUUAGAAAGCAUUUCUAUGCUUCCAGAAGUCAUAAGGCCUUUGAUAGUGAGUAAUAUUGUUGCAAUAGGCGGUAACUUCAACAUCAAGAACUUUUUUUCGCGGCUUGCAACUGAACUGCAGAGACAAUGCCCAACUAAUUGGACGGUGCGGAUAUUUGUACCGAAAUGUGAUGCAGCGCUACAGGGCUGGAAUAGCAUGAAAAAAUUUAGCACUACUGAAUCAUAUACUAAGGGUAGGGUUUCAAGAGAAGAGUAUUUGGAGCAUGGCGCGGAUUGGUCGACAAAACAAAGGUUCGGAUAUGAACAGUGGAUUUGA